AUGAACACUCCGAUGCACCAGACUGCAAGAUGUCUGCCACGAUCUUUCGUGAACGGACUAUCAUUAAUUCGCCGAGAGUUUUCGGUCAGCAGCCCGCUUGUCUCGUACAGCAAUAACCCUGUGAAGCGGGCAGAGCAGCGGGAGUAUAUCAGGGCUUGGCUGAAUAGGCGGCGAAAAGAAGAUGAGGCCUGGCGCGAGGCUGAAUUAAAAAGGAACGCCGCUUAUAACCAGAAAGUAAAUGCAGAUCCUGUUUGGCGGGAGGCCAGGAAAGAACUCAAAAGAGUCCACGGAAGACAAAGAUACCAGGACAAGCAAGUUUCUGGGAGAAUGCGCUUUCGCUACUGGCUUACACACGGGAGCAAGAAACUCCGCGAAGGUCUUAUCUGGAAGACACACGUCCCAAUACUGUAUAAAGACAAAGUCAAGCACACCUGUGUGGGUUGUGGUUAUCCUCCGUGGGGAGGACUAAAACUUUGGUGUGAGUACUGCAAGUCUGUCCCCGAGCGUGACCAGGAGACUUCAUAA